AUGGCGAGUAAGAUUGUCCUUGGCAUGCCUCUUUAUGGCCGGGUAUUCACAGAUACGGAUGGCCCUGGAGAACCAUUCCAUGGUGUAGGCCAAGGGAGCUGGGAAAAUGGCGUCUGGGACUACAAGGCCCUACCGCGGCCAGGGGCAGAGGAACAUACAGAUGAAGAUAUAGUAGCGAGCUACAGCUACGAAGCGCAGGAGCGAAUCUUCGUCAGCUACGAUAACCCCGAGGUUGCCCGGAAACAGGCGCUUUACAUCAAAUCGAAAGGAUUCGGAGGUGCUAUGUGGUGGGAGAGCAGUGCUGAUAAGUUAGGUAGUCAAAGCUUGAUAACAACGGUCGUGGACACUCUAGGGGGCAUUGACGCCUUUGAACAAAAGAGCAAUCAGCUCGAAUACCCCCUUUCCCAGUAUGACAAUUUACGAAAGGGUAUGCAGUAG